AUGUGGAAUCUGGGAGUUGCUCAGCUCACGCAGAUUCCGGUGCUAAGUGGGGAGCUACAGCGGUUCCUGAGGAGCACUCAGCCUGGCUGCGGGGAGGGCGCCCGGGGAGCGGCGCAGACCAAGUCCAGCUCCAGGCUCUUCUCUCCUCUGACUCACCUCAGCAUCACGAUGGAGCCCAACAGCCCUAAAAAAAUACAGUUUGCUGUGCCACUGUUUCAGAGUCAAAUAGAUCCCGAGGCAGCUGAGCAGAUCAGGAAAAGAAGGCCUACACCAGCAUCGCUCGUCAUCAUGAAUGAACACGUGCCCCCAGAAAAAGAUGAGAAGAGAACAAACAUCUCACAGGCAGAGUCCCAGAGCGCCUCUCCCAAGCAAAGGAAGCAGAGCGUCUUCACCCCGCCUGCCCUCAAAGGGAUUAAGCAUCUGAAGAGUCAGAGUGAUUCAGCGUUUCCAGAGGAAGAAGAGGGAGUUAGUGAAAGGGAAGAGGAAUGGGGCCAUUAA